CCGAUUCGAAAUUCUCCGCAAAAAUUUCCAUUUCCACGCCCAAAACCCUAGAAAUUCUCCCUAUAUCCCGUUUUCCGGAAUCCAGAUGCAUUUUCCCAUCAGAUUGUCUUCCCAUGGUAUCCUUCCUGUUUAAUCUCUGAAUUCGCCGUGAAUUCCGAGGCCGAUGUCUCCCACAAGUCGAUCAGCGAGCCCGGACGCGGCUCCAUCGCCGACGAGCUCGAGGUCGGUGACCCAGACGGUGAACGGAUCGCACCAGUUCGUGAUCCAAAGCUACAGUUUGGCUAAGGGGAUGGGAUUUGGGAAGUACAUCGCGAGUGAUAACUUCUCCGUCGGAGGCUACCAGUGGGCGAUUUUCUUCUACCCAGACGGUAAGAACCAGGAGGACAACUCCACCUACGUCUCCGUCUUCAUCGUUCUCGCCAGCGAAGGCACCGAAGUCAGGGCUCUUUUCGAGCUUUCUCUCGUAGAUCAAAGUGGCAAAGGGAAGCACAAGGUUCUUAGCCACUUCGAACGCUCGCUCGACUCCGGUCCUUACACGCUCAAAUACCGGGGAAGCAUGUGGGGAUGCAAGCGUUUCUUCAGACGUUCCAUGCUCGAGACAUCUGACUACCUUAAGGAUGAUUGCUUGAAAAUCAAUUGUAAGAUUGGAGUUGUGAUUUCUGAAACACAUUGCCCACGAUUCCGCGCCAUUCAUGUCCCAGCUUCCGAGCUCGGAUUACACUUUGGAAUGUUACUGGAUAAUAUGGAAGGCUCUGAUGUAACCCUUGAUGUAGCUGGUGAGAAGUUUCAAGCUCAUAAAUUAGUAUUAGCUGCUCAGUCCCCAUAUUUCAAGUCUAAAUUUUUCAAUGGUCCGGAAGCUGACAAUGAAGUCGUCACGAUUAAUGAUUUGGAACCUAAGGUUUUCAAGGCCUUACUACACUUCAUGUACAAGGAUUCUCUUCCAGAAGAUGUAGAGCCUGUGUUGACUCAGUCAUUCGACUCGCUAGAGUUGUCUGAAAUAUCCGAGACAUUGGUGGCAAAGCUUAUGGCAGCUGCUGACAUAUACAAACUGGAUAGGCUGAGAUUAAUGUGCGAAUCUCACAUCUGCAAGGGUUUAUCUAUCAACUCCGUUGCCAAGAUCCUAGUAAUAGCUGACAGAUAUAAUGCCGUUGAGCUGAAAGGUGUUUGCCUGAGAUUCGCCGCUGAAAACCUGGCAGCUGUGUUGGAGACAGAGGCAUACGAAUACGUGAAAGAGGAUUGCCCGAAGCUGCAGACGGAGCUUCUGAGGGCGGUAGCGGGUUUCGAGGACGCCACCUGCAGUGGCGGAAAGUCUACGAGCGUAUGGGCUCAGCUCUCCGAAGGGGGAGGAGAGAGCAUCAGCCGCCGGGUUAGGCAACGCACCUCAUAGACUCACUGACUCCUUUUAAUCAUAUUUUUGCCCCCUUUUUUUUCACUUAAAUUGUUAACCACGCAGUUGAUUAUGCUAUUAUGCGCUGAGAAUAUAGCUUCUCUUUAUACUUUGUGUAUAUAUGUAUGUAUCUUCGUCGGGUGAUUCGCUCGAAUCAGAACC